UCCGCGCGAUCAUGGCUUCUUCAAAGCGUUCUUGGUCGUUGUCGACGCUGCCACCGGAGUUAAUAGAAGAGAUACUCUACAGAACUCCGGCGAAAUCUCUAGUCCGAGCAAAACCAACGUGCAAGAAAUGGUACGCUCUCAUCACCAACAAGAGAUUCAUCUACAACCACCUCGAUCGCUCCCCGAAAAGAUUCAUGAGAACCGUCGAUACGAUACAGAUCUUGGAUCCGGUGACAAGAACACUCUCCGAGACACCAAUCCCAAACGCGUUCCAGCCACCGUACAAGAUCGAUACUAUGGUUCACUGCGACGGGCUCAUGUUAUGUAUGUGUGGUCGUUGGGGUUCGCGGGAGGAAGAAAGAUACGUACACCUCGCGAUUUGGAACCCGGUCCUGAGGCAGAUCAGGUGGAUUAAACCGUCGAAGUGUUUCACUACUUCUGAUUACUACGGGAUUGGAUACGACAGCAAGAAGAAGUCUCGUGACGGUGGUUACAAGAUAUUGAGGUUUUCUGAUCGACGGGAUGAUCAUUGGUAUUUUGAUUAUUGUGGUGAGCCACAGGUCGAGGUUUACGAGUGCAAGACUCGUUCGUGGAGGACUCUCGACGCGAAGGUUGAUUGGCAUGUGGAUAUCGCGUGCAAAGGUGUGGCUGCGAUGGGUAACAUGUACUGGCUUGCUCAGAAGGAGGGAAGGUUCAUUCUAGGUUUUGAUUUCUCCGUUGAGAGAUUCAAGAACGUAUGCUACUGUCCUCGUUCCGCUUACGAUCAUUAUCUGGCUUGUUUCGAGGGAGAUAGAUUGUCUUUGCUACAGCAAGACGAAGAGUCGAGGGUGAUUGUGGUGUGGGUUACGAACAAGUUGACUGAUGUGGAUGUCUCGUUCACCAAGUAUUUCAGUGUGUCUCGACCUGAUGUUCCGGCGUUACCGUUCUGUACUGAAAUGGCUCCACUGGUGUACUUCAUCGGCAAGCAGAAACGUAUCACCGCUUGGUGCGAGAGAACUGAAGGAGAGCGUGAUACGUUUCGUGUUUUGUUCACUCUAUACGAAAUUGAUGAGAGUGGGCUUAUAGAAGGAAGUGAGACAGGACGAGACACCGAGACUUGCAGCUUUCGCUCUUUCCUUUGCGGCUACGUGUACGUUCCAAGCCUGGUCCCUCUUCCAUGA